AUGGGAGGAAAAAGCUCGAGCCAACAGCUAGAAGACACGAUUUUUAAUAUGAGACUCGCCUCAAAACAGCUUCAAAAAGAAUCACAGCGUAGCGAAAAAGAGGAAAAAAUCGAAAAAGAUAAAGCCAAAAAGUACCUUGAAAAAGGUUUAAUUGAUACUGCAAGAAUUUAUGCUGAAAAUGCUAUUAGAAAGAAAAAUGAAGCUCUGAAUUACUUACACACCCCGGCUAGCAGGACCAUUAGAGCAAUCCUAUUUUAAAAGAAAUUAGUAUAUAAUUAAUGUUUAUAUAAUUAAAUUUCAGACAAAUUAUAUUUAAUUUUAUAUCGCUCGCAUGUAAAACAUUAAUUUAAACCAAAUUAGAUUUUUUUUUCAAAUAUUUGCAAUUGUCAAAAAAAUUACAGCAAGCAAAAUAUCUGCUUUAUAGUCAAGGGGGGAGUUAAGACUGUCAAGCAAAAUGGAUGCGGUCUGCUCCAGGAUCCAAUCGGCAGCCAGAACUGAGAAUAUGACCCACCAAUUCCAAAGAGUAAUUCCUCAAAUGAAUAGAGUCCUUCAGAAUAUGAACUUAGAAAAUAUCAGCCAAACAAUGGGCCAGUUCGAAAAAUGCUUCGAAGACUUAGACGUCGCAUCGGGGUAUAUCAAUGAAUCAUUGAACUCUACCACUGCAGUUUCUACACCGAAAGAACAAGUUGAUUCUCUACUAGGAAUGAUCGCAAGCGAGCACAACAUUAACAUUCAAGAACAACUUGGAGAAACCCCGUUAACCGGUGGGGCCAAUUUGACUGAAGAUCAGAUGAAGUCAAGAUUUGAAAGACUAGGAUAA